AAUUGAUAUUAAAUAAUUUUGCGCACAAAGAUUAUAUAUAUAGUGACCGCUCCUUCUUCUUCUCCUCCUUUUCCUUAGCAGUUUAGAUGUGUCCGAAUUGGCCAAAGUAGCGAAGAAGAAGCUCCAGUCGCUGAGCAACCAUCUUUUUGAAGAACUCGCCAUGGACAUUUACGACGAGGUCGACAGGCGCGAGACGGACGCAGUCUGGCUGGCCACCCAGAACCACAGCGCUUUGGUCACGGAGACCACGGUCGUCCCUUUCCUCCCGGUCAACCCAGAAUACUCCUCAACACGCAACCAGGGGAGGCAGAAGCUGGCGCGGUUUAAUGCCCACGAAUUCGCCACUCUGGUCAUCGACAUCCUGAGCGACGCCAAGCGGAGGCAGCAGGGCAACCCUGUCCCGAGUUCGAAAGGGUAAAAUGGCGGCUCAUUGCACGGUCCCCCCCCCCC